UGACUCCAAUCCAACGGUCACAAAUACUUGUUUCUAAAACCAGGAAGUAAUCACAUCCACCCAAUUUUUUCCAAUUCCCUCUUGACCGUAAGAAAAAAUAACGGAAUCUUUUCAUCUGCUUUUUAAAAGCGCUUCGCUGUCAUCACGUCUUCUUCUUUCUUACUUCCUUUUCUACUUCACUCUGUCCAAAUAAAAAAGAAAAACACGCUGAUUUUCUUCAAGCGAGGUCGGGUUUAUUAGCGGGUGCCCGAUCCACCAGACCGGGUUCGAUCUUUUCCAGCAGGUCAAUUGGGUUUCUGAAGAUUGUUUGAUAUUUCGAUAAUGGCCGGUGAAAAGACCCUCGAGAAUCUUGAACCUAUUAGUGUGGUUUUGAAGUCUGAAGCUGUUUCCCAAUUGGCUGAGCAGGAUGUGCCUCCUGGAAAACUCGGAAUGCCAUCUGACUCGACUUACACGAUAUCUUCUUCAACAUAUCCUUCUUUUGGUGUGAAAGGUGAGAGUCAUAAAGACUUGGUUGGAGAGCCUGGUGUCGAUCAACCUACUAGCUUUUACAAUUAUUACUACCCAGGAUAUGAUGGGUCAUUCACUCAAUCUGAUGAUAAGGGUUAUUUUCAUACCAGUGGUCAACAUACAGUUGUGCAAUCGGAAAAUGGUUCUUUGGUCUAUUAUCUGCCUGGCUAUAACCCAUAUGCAACUGGGACUCUAAUGGGUGUUGAUGGACAAUUUAUUGGUCAACAACCAUAUUUUUCAUCAGGAUAUUUUCACGCUCCUGUUUCCUUUAGAUCAGAAGCCAUGCCUUGUUACCCAUGGGAUUCAACAUAUGCUGCAGAUGUUUCAAAUGGAAACCUUGAUGGUUUUGGAAAUGUAAAAUAUGGUUUGGGUUCUUCUCUCACAAAGUCUAAUGGUUUCAACUCUAUGAAAUCAAAUGGCUUUGGUACUAAAUUAUCGAAAUCUACUUAUACGCAGCCUAACAAACAACUAAGCAAGGGGCCUCAUUGGGGUUCUGAUGUAUCAGCAGGAUCUUAUAAGGGAUAUUACCCAGCUGGAAAAUCUCCUUCAUUUAACUGCCAAAAGCAAGGUUUUUUCCAACAUGAUGGUCCUAUGAACUACAGACCAAAUGGGAGAGCAUGGAAUCAAAAUGAUAGAUAUAAGAAAUCAAACAGAGAUUUUGACUUUGAAAACUCAUCUGAACUAACUCGUGGUCCAAGGGCCUUUAAUAGGGAUGCACCUUUGGAUUCUUCUGUCAAGAAGGAAGACUUGGGAAUUACUUUAAACAAAGAUAAAUACAACCUGCUAGAUUUCCAAACUGAGUAUGAAAAUGUGAAGUUCUUUGUCAUUAAGUCUUACAGUGAGGAUGAUGUACAUAAAUCGAUGAAGUAUGACGUGUGGUCGAGUACUCCAAAUGGCAAUAGAAAGCUAGAUGCAGCAUUCUAUGAAGCAGAAACUAGAGAAAGUGAGACUGGCACAAAAUGUCCGAUCUUCCUCUUUUUCUCGGUUAAUGGAAGUGGGCAGUUUGUCGGUUUAGCUGAGAUGAUUGGGAAGGUAGACUUCAAUAAAGAUAUGGACUUCUGGCAACUGGACAAGUGGAAUGGUUUCUUCUCCGUUAAGUGGCAUAUUAUAAAAGAUAUCCCUAACAAGGAGUUGUGCCACAUCAUCCUAGAAAACAAUGAGAACAGACCUGUAACUUUUAGCAGGGACACUCAGGAGAUUGGUCUCAAGCAAGGCUUAGAAAUGCUGAACAUUUAUAAAAGUUAUUCAGCAAAAUCAUCACUGUUGGAUGACUUUGGAUUUUAUGAAAAUCGAGAGAAGACUCCUAAUGCUAAAAAGAAUUACAAGUCAGCUACUCUUCGAUACAAGGAAGAUGAUUUGACCAAGCAAACAAAAACAGGGGAGAGGAAAGUGGAAGAAGACAUGAGGAGUACGAAGGCAGAUGCAACAUCCCUUAUCAAUCUUACCAAAAAUCUCUCCCCCAAUGGCUUCACCCGGAAGAGCAUUGCUGUAGACAACCCAAUAGAAAGUUCAUUUCCUUCCGACCCUGCACCAUAGCCAUUCAACUAUAUAGCAGUUAAGAUCAGCUAGGGGUUCCUAUGUUUUCAGGUUUCUUCCUCCUUUUUUUUUUUUUUUGGCCCCCUUUUCAUCUUAUUCGGCCUUUUAGUUUGCAAGCAAUGAGUUUGAAUUACCAUUUGUCGGAGUAUGGUUCAUUUCUGAAAUGGCUAAUUUCUUUGCUAGUCCACUAAAGCGUUAAUAAAUAUGAAGAUAGAUUAAAUGUGUU